AUGGCUUCUUCCACCGCCGCGCGGCACCCCCCACUUCUUGUUCUGGUGCUGAUCAUCGUCGUUCUUCUGCUGUCCUCCUCCCCUGCCAUCGCGGCGGCGGGGCCCCCGAGCGCAUCGGCGGGGCAGGGCUUCCACGUGGCGACGACGCCAUUGCAUGAUGCAAGCGUGGCCAAGAACGGCGCGGGGAGACGACCGGUCGGCGGGGGAAGGAGGAGGAGAGCAGACCGCGGCGGAGGCACCGGCGCGUGGGCGUUCUCGGCGAUGCUGCCCCGGGGGUUCGUGCCGCCGUCGGGCUCGUCGGCGUGCCACAACGACAUGCCGGCCACCGCCGCCGAUGACCAGUACUACACAUGCGGCGGCUCCGUGAGGCCGUGA